AUGACUGGCGGCCCCGUCAUAUUGGAAUCACCCGUCAUGAACGUGCACACUCCUGCAAUGCAGUCCGUGUCUAGGAUGCCAUUCAUCGGACACAUACGCACGCCCCCCGCAUCUGAUCAUUCCGUGCACGAGCAGGAGCAGUCUACCCCCUCGUCUCCGUCACAGGCGACAUUACUGCCUCGGAACGGAAGUGAGGCCUCGUCCCCGUACCCCUUUGACCCAGCCCUCAGGGACCGCCAUUUGGACAACAUUGACCCUGCUCUCACUCAGAGCACCCAGGACGACAGCCCAUCUCGCCAAAUUUCACGGACAUCUACCGCUCCUUCAGCCACACAUCCUAACGCCAAUCCCGCCACUGCGGACAUCGACCCUACCAGAGGUCAAUUUAUUCUACAGCUACGGACCCCACCGACGCUUAGUCAGUCCUUGAGUUCUCAUCCUCAUCCCACGACAAAUCCAUCCAUGCCCACACCUGCCGCGUCUCCUCAUCCUUCCGGACAGAAUCAACAUGGUCAGUUUAAAAUAGCUUCACAUGGUCAGACACAAAAGCAGCCUGCGCCUCACUUUCCGGGGACAUGCCCAGGUGAUGGGCGUUGUGACGGUACAGGUGGCACUAGCGCGUGUUCAGGCUGUCCCACCUUCAACAAUGCGCUUUCUGCGCAGACACAGCUCGGGCUUGCUGGUGGCGAGGCGACUCCAUCGUUACCUACCGGUACCGGUGUUCCUUCGUCUCCCGAAUUGGUUCGCAAGGAGGGUACGCCUGGAGAAUUACAACAGGCCAGCGAACAGCCACCUGCAAGUACCAUGCAAGGGGUAACUCCGGGCGGCAGAGGUAGGAUCCGACCUGCUGUAGGCGCGUUAAGCUGUGCGAACUGUGGGACAAGCACGACACCUCUCUGGCGUCGUGAUGACGUCGGGAAUAACAUUUGUAAUGCUUGUGGACUCUACUUCAAGCUGCACGGUACUCACCGACCGAAUACCAUGAAGAAGAACGUGAUCAAAAGGCGCAAGCGCGUACCAGCUGCUCCUGGAGCCCCUGGUUCGCCCACACAACAGGAUCGCAUGACCGAUCAGGCUGCAGCCGAAGUGCUUGCAAGUGUUCGUGGGCAUACCGGUUCUAAUUCUGGAGCUGGAUCUGGUGGGACGCAGGAUGAGAGUGAGGAAGAUCAACCAAGGCGGAAACGGGCACGAAAGUCUCGCCCAUCGAAAGGGAGAAAGGAAGGGGAUGAGAUGGAUGUGGAUUUUGAAGAUGGUGUCGACGAGGACGGUAAAAGUUCCGCCACACCGCGUAGAGCAAGAAAUGGUGGACACAUCCACAACGCUAGCAGCCAUCGUGGCAGUUCACGCGAGUCUGCCGUCCCGGGGAUGGGAGCUUGGGGAGGCGAGAUCAUGCAAACCCAUGUACUUGGAGGCGAGGUUGGGCCGUCUUCUUCUCCCCACCUUAUGGAUCAUGUGCAGCGUGCGGGAUCCCUUCCUCGCAUGCAAGGUCAAGAAAUCGAAAAUCGGUUUGGCGCAGGUGCUCCGCGAGGAAAUCCAUUUGGACCAAAUCCUCAUGGUGGAUUUGACUUGCCUCCGCUUAAUGCCGCCAUUCAGGGAACGAUGGAUGUCCCAAUAGCCAUGGCGAUGUCAUUGAUAGGAAUGCCUGGUGCGCAUUUUCCUGUAGCGCCCCCUAGUCACAUGCGCUCAGGCUCACAAGGUGUAGGUGCUACGCCCAGCCGGACGCAUUCACCCCUGCCAGGACCUGGGAUUUCCGCGUCUGGGACAGGUCCUGGGUAUGUUUUGCCCCCUUUGGCACAUGGCGUUCCACAUCCGGCCACACACCCACUCAUCAACCACAGUGCGCACUCUUUCUACUACCGCCAUACACCUUCGCCUAACGGAUCUGCAGGUAUAGGAAAUACUCCGGUACCUUCGAUUAUGGAGCUUGAACGCCAUUAUUAUGAGCUGAGUGAGCAACGCAGGAGACUGGAGGAGAUGGUCGAGAAGACGGACCGCAUGAUGGCUGGUGUCAAGCGAGGUCUGGACGAGAUGCGCGCUGGGCAGACUUCAUCGACAUCGACUCCAGUUCCAGUGUCGCAGCAACCAUCGCAAUCACAGCUCACCCAAUUGCAGCCGCAGCGAUCCCAGUCUCCCCAACAGCAACAGCAGUCUGGACACGCUGCCGCCGUUCCUUUAGGGCAAAGGCGUUCAGGGAGCAAGGAGAGCGUCUGGCCCGUGGCUCCUCCAGAGUCUUCCUCGUAA